CCGGCCUGUCCCGCCCGCUGUCUCGGCCUUCCCGGCGCUUCCCAUGGCCCUGCCCGCCGUCCACAGGUGCCUCCAACUCGGUGAUGAAAAUGAACAGUUAGUCAAGAAGGUGAAAAAACUACACAUAAAAAAUAAGGAGCUAGAAAAGAAUCUGGGUCAGAUCCAAGAAAAACUGCAUCUGCAGCAGUUAAUGCAUGACUAUGGCACAAGCAGAGAUGUUCAGGUUCAAACAGAAACCCAUUUAUGGCAUAAGGGUGGAGACAGCAAGGAUUUUGUUCUAGAGGGUGACAGUGUCAGACUGCUUCGUAUGUAUAAUGAGCUACAGAAACGUUACGUUAGAGAAAGCAAAAAAAACAAGGAGCAAAGUGAAGCAAUUAAAAAUCUCACUAUUAAAAUUCAUGAGCUAGAGCAUAAUCUUCAAGAGCAGAGGCAAAGAAUUGAGCAACUGGAAUGUAAAAAGGUUUCUUGGAAAACUAGUGGUGUUUCUGGAGAAAGAAGUCGAACCUCAGAGGGAGGAAUAACUUCCCACAGGGACAUUUCUGAAGAGAAGGAAUCCUGUUGCAGUAAAUAUUUAGAGCUAUUGUUGAAGGAGAUUAAAAAGCUGAAGAAAGAAAAUGGAAAGUUGUCUGCAGAAAAGAAAGCACUAAAAAAGGAGUUAGCUGGAUUAGACAAGGAAUUUUUUGAAGAGGUAGAAGUUCUAAAGCAUGCUGUACAGGAAUGUCUGAAACUCAACAAUGAGUAUGAAAAGUGCUUGAAACAAAUAAGUGUAAUGUAUGGGCUUCCUUUUACAGCACACUUGUAACUGCUGGUUAAUUUAAUGGCAAGUAGAGUUUCCCCAUAUUUUUUAUACUUACUGCAACAUUUAAACCUACCAUGGCUUAAGUGGUACCUCAUUUUGAUAACGUUAUGGAUUCAUGAAUGUGAUCCUAACAAAUUCUAUGAAAUGUUUUGGUCUUUUUGCCUUUGAUUUUUUGUUUAUAUGGUUUUUAAAUAAACUGUGGUCUGUAUAACUUCGA